CUGCUGGUGCUGCGGGUCUGCAGCUGGAUACUAUUGUCAGUGCCGCUUUUACUUCUGUUAUUGUUGUGGCUGAAUGUGAUGCUGCUGCCCUCUGUAUGUGGAUCACAUGAAAUCACAUUCAUGAGCACAGACAUGUCGUGCGGACGGUCAUCACGUCUGUUUAACUGAAGCUUUAUGAUUCCGCUCGAGUUUGGAAAGAAAAACGCAGCAAGAUGCCACAGAAGCUGCUGGGCUCCGUGGUGGGGCUUCUCUGCACAGGGACGUGUUUAGUUCAGGGGAAGGAGUUUUGUUUCGGCGUGAACAAUGAACAGUACCGCUGUGAGAUGGGCUACUGUUGUGGCGAGACCGAGUGCUGCACGUACUAUUACGAGCUCUGGUGGUUCUGGUUGGUGUGGACCCUCAUCAUCAUGCUGAGCUGCUGCUGCGCAUACAGACACCGACGCGUCAAGAUGCGCCUGCAGCAGGAGCAGAGACAGAGAGAGAUCAGUCUGAUGGCAUAUCAGGGCGCCUCAAGCUCCUUCAUCACUCCUCCUCCUCUCAACCUACGGCUCUGGACAGACUGUAAGCUACCCGACUAUGAGGAGGUGAUUGCCCACCCGCCCACGCCCCCUCCGCCCUACUCAGAGUCUCCACCAGACGUCCCAGUGCUCAGCGGCCGGACGGAGGCGGCCGUGGUCCUGGAGCCACCUGCGCCUGAGACGGCUGUGGAGGUGGAGGAGGAUGAGGAGCCCAGUGGCCGGCGCAGACAUGUGACGGGCGACUCGGGCAUCGAGGUGUGCGUGUGCCAGCUGGAUGUGGACGAGGGUUCGGGGCCCGAGGAGGAAUCGCUGUGUCAGGGAGCCGACGGUGGCUGCUGCUCUGAGUGUGAAACCCUUGCCGGCAAAGAGCUCUCGCCUGACCCUGCCACCACCACCGACCACCAGGUGUGACGACCCAUCGGGAUCAGGAAUGAGGGAGUUUGUGAGAGACUUUUUCUACUGUCUGACUGCGUCAUGUGUGUCCGUUUCCCAGCAUCCCUCUCGCUUUCCUCUCACAGACUGAGCGAAUAAUCCAGACCACUGUUUGUUUCUCACAGCUGCACCGAGACUUCAGCCCAGAGCGAGACACACACACACA